AUGAUGGACAAUCAGCCGCCCCUCACAUCACCGGAUGGAUCCAGUCAUGGGAACCCACCAGAGAGAUGUCCCCGUCCUCUGUGUUCCCAGGAUUCCACACAGGAAGGUCACACCAUCUCUCACCAUCAUCAGAGUGGAAUCCUCGGGGAUGAUAAUAUUGAUGUUAAAGAAGAGUAUAAAGAGGAGGAUGAGGAGUAUGGAGUGAUGGAGGAGCUUUUAGAAGGACACAAGGACACAGGAAGUUCACACCAUCCCUCACCAUCAUCAGGUAGAUGGAUCCAGUCAUGGGAACCCACCAGAGAGAUGUCCCCAUCCUCUGUAUUCCGGGGAUUCCAUACAGGAAGGUCACACCAUUCCCCACCAUGAGCAGAGUGGAAUCCUCGGGGAUGAUAUUAAUGUUAAGAAAGAGAUAAAAAAGGAGAAUGAGGAGUAUGGAGUGAUGAAGGAGCGUUCAGAAGGACACAAAGAUCUGUACCAGGACACCAUGGUGGAGACAUCCAGCUACAGGAACCCACCAGAGAGAUGUCCCCGUCCUCUGUAUUCCCGGGAUUCCACACAGGAAGGUCACACCAUCCCUCACUAUUACAAGAGUGGAGAUCCAAUCGAUAUAGAAUUUGAGGUGAAAUCAGAAGAAGAAGAGGCGUAUGUGAGGGAUGAUCAGCAGUCUAUGGAGGAGGAUGGAAUAACGGGGACAUUUAUAGAGGAGGGCACUCCUACAGAGAUCAGCACA